UUUUCAACUCUGUUUGUACUAAUUAUCGUUGUACAUGCAAACCUUCUUUUAUCUCACGUCCUCAAUAUCAAUGUGUACCAGCGUCAAUUGGAAUGAAUUGUAGUGAUGAUGAUGAUUGCGAAGAUUUUAGGCAUGUUAAAUGUACCAAAAAUAAAAAAUGUGCUUGUAGGCCACAUCAUAUUUUACAAAAUAAUGUUACAUGCCUACCACUUUUAGAUACUUACUGUGAGAAUAAUGAACGAUGUUUAUUUGAAAACUCUGUUUGUGUUGAAAAUAAAUGUCAAUGCAAAAGUGGAUACAUGGCUACUUCUCGUCAAAGUUGUGCAAAAUCACCGUUGAAUAGAACUUGCUCAACUAUUGAUGACUGUAUUGAUUUAGAUAGAUCAAAAUGUUCUGACGAUAAAAAAUGUGUUUGUCAAGAGAACAAUAUUAUAAUUAACAAUGCAAUAUGUAUGCCUUCAUUAGGCGGAAUUUGUCAGACUAAUUUAGAAUGUAUGAUCGAUCAUUCUGUUUGUAAUAAUAAUCACUGUCAAUGUCAGCCGGGAUAUGAACCGAAGUCUUAUAAUGAAUGCAGAGCUUCAUUAUUAGGAAAAUCUUGUGAAGAUAGUUUUGACUGUAAUAACAUAUGGCAUCUCAAAUGUUCCAAAGAUAAGACAUGCAUUUGUAAAGCAAAUCACAUUGUUGUAAACAACGCAUCAUGUAUACCAAAUUUAGGUGCACUUUGUCUACCUGGUGAUCAGUGCAAUCCCGAUAAUUCAGUUUGUACUGAUUAUGAAUGUCAAUGCAAGCCUACUUUCGAACGUGUAGACAAUCGUCUCUGCAUACCUUGUAAAUAUAGCGAUCAAAAUAUGAAUUAAAUUUGAUAUUUCAUAUCACCUGAAUUGAAACUAUAAGUUUUAGUGCCUAAUGAGCCAUUCGAAAUAACUCAAUUUCAAACUCAAUGAGGAUUAAUUGGUUGAAAAUAAUAAAUUUUGUCUUUUGAGAUAGAAAAAGGCUUAUACUCCCGCUGCAUUAGGUUCUGACUUCAGUUUAGCCCCAACAGAACCACAUUUGUAUAUUGUAAGCCUCAGAAUAAUUAUCUAUUAUUGUAAUUAAUCAAAAGCUGUAUUUAUACAUGGGCGGUUAGUCUUAAAUUAACUCACAAGAAAGGUAUUCCAAGUGUCCCCCUUCAAUUUCGAUAAGACUGAGAUAUGUUGUUCUCUGUCGAAA